CAGAAGCUCGCGUGUGUGUACCUAACUGUGCUGUGAUCUUCAUCUCAUUCAAUUGAAGCGGUCAAAAAACGCUCGACUAUGAGCGACAGUCACAGUCCUGAUGCGAAAUACUUCGUUCGCUCGUUCAUUCGCUUCUUAUCGAAGCAAAUAGAGCAACCAAAUUUCAACGAAGACUCCCGGGAAAGCAUUGAGGUGGCCAUACAAUGUUUGGAAAACGUGUACGAACUAAAUGAAGCGGGUGAGGCCGCACCCGAAGGAGAAACCAGUGUCAAGAAAGAGGACGAAAAGGAUGACCCACGGAAUCAUGUCGAUCUGUUCGAGCUUUACCGUAACACGUUUGUGGUGGUCUCACCGGAACGGAAACAGGAAGCGGAAAUUACAAAGAACGAAGGCAACCGGCUAAUGAAGGAAGAGAAAUACAUGGAAGCUGUUCAAACGUACACUAAGGCAAUUAAUCUAGAUGCAACUAAUCCAGUCUUCUACUGCAACCGGGCGGCGGCAUUUAGCCGGCUUGGUGACUACGUCCAUGCUGCAGAGGAUUGUCAGAUGGCACUGCGACACGAUCCCAACUACAGCAAGGCUUGGGGCCGUCUUGGGCUGGCCUAUUCGAAGAUGAACCAGCACAAGCAGGCAAUCACUGCGUACCAGAACGCGAUCCGACUCGAACCAGAUAAUCAAGACUACAAGAAUAAUUUGGGGGUGUCACAACAAUGUCUGGAGGAUCGUUCACGAAACCCACCGGCCGGAGGCAAUCCGCUGAGCAAUAUUGACUUUGCAGCGGUAAUCAAUAACCCAGACAUGGUGCAGAUGGCUACGCGUAUGAUGAGCGACCCCGCAAUACAUAGCAUGUUAGGACAGCUGGGAGGAAUGAACAACAUGGAUGCGCUUCUUGAAACGGGACGACGCUUGGCAAUGCAAAUGAACAAUGAUAACCCGGAGUUGUUUAGCAACAUUGCGCGAGAGUUAGAACGGGGCGGUGUGAAUCUUCCGCGCAAUAAUCCCGGUCCCAACCCGGACGGUAGCCAGCCUCCGCCACCACCCCCGUCAUCUUCGUAAGGUGCCCCGUUUGACGGUACUCUACCCUACUACCGUAGUAUAUUCGCGGAAACUAAGCAUUUUUGUGUGUUGAAAUAGUUUUCUUCUAUAACCCGCAUUUGCCACCGACGAAACGAAGCAUUCGAUCCUACCAUAAUAAGUUCGUUCGUUAAACCCGUUCGAGAUUAGGCUGUCUGUCGGAACUAUAUUGUUUUGUUUGUUUUAAAAUGGCCCUUCGGUUCCUUCCCCACUUGCGGGUUGGUGCACUGGAGCCAUGAGCUACCCAAAUAUCCGUUAACGGCCUUAUUGACUCACGGAGAGGCGUCCUCAAAACCCCCCUCCCAAGCCGGCCAGCACAUUUGUAGUGGAAAGACGACAAAUGAGUAAUAAAACCCCACAUACACACAA